CAUGGGUGUUUUCGAGAGUUGGUGCUUGUUGGUGAUUGGAUUCGGUGUGGUGCUGCUGCUAGCUGGACAGAGUUGUCAAGCGCAAGACUUCAAAGGUGCAAUCGAUCACUGCACGAAAGACUUCGAAAUGGACAUGGACAUCGUGGUAUCGCUAAAGUAUGGCGAUUUUACUGAGCGAGAUCCACUUAUAGAGUGCUUUACCGAAUGUCUAAUGAAGAAAUCAGGCUUCAUGUACGAUGAUUAUACCUACAACAAAACGCUGAUCAUCGGUUUCGCCGGUCGAUAUCUGGAACCGGAGGGGGCCCAAGCCGUGUACGAUAACUGCAUCGAUCGUUUCGGUCAGACGGUGUGCGUUACGGGGUUCGAGAUGUACCAGUGCAUCCACGAGACGGCCGUCUCCGAGUGGGUCUCAACCAACUUCUAAAGCAACCCCUUCUGAAAGCAACCGGAAGAUCACGGCCAUGGUCAU